GGUGCGGUCACGUGGCUAAGGCGCGCCCUCCAGCUGUGGCCAUGGCGGCCGCGGACUCCACUGUCGUAAAGCGAGUGGAGGAGCUCGGGGACCUGGCUCAGGCCCACAUACAGCAGCUUAGCGAAGCCGCUGGCGAAGACGAUCACUUUUUAAUUCGGGCCUCUGCAGCUCUAGAAAAACUGAAAAUCCUUUGUGGAGAAGACAAAGAAUGUUCAGAUCCAUCAAACCUUCUAGAACUUUACACACAGGCUAUCUUGGACAUGACAUAUUUUGAGGAGAACAAGUUAGUAGAUGAAGAUUUCCCUGAAGAUUCUUCUUCACAGAAAGUAAAAGAUCUGAUCAGUUUCCUUUCAGAACCAGAAAUUUUAGUUAAGGAAAAUCAUAAGCAUCCAAAACAUUGCAGUUUGCUUGGAGAUGAGCUACUGGAAUGUCUGUCUUGGAGACGAGGAGCAUUACUCUACAUGUAUUGUCAUUCUCUUACCAAAAGAAGAGAGUGGCUCUCAAGAAAAUCUAGUUUGCUUAAAAAGUACCUUGUUGAUGGAAUCAAUUACUUGAUACAGAUGCUAAAUUAUCGGUGUCCUGUUGAGUUAAAUGAAGGAGUUUCCUUUCAAGACCUAGAGACAGCUAAAUUACUGAGUGAAGGAAUUUUUAGUGACAUUCAUCUGCUGGCUAUGAUGUACAGUGGAGAAAUGUGUUACUGGGGAUUGAAGCAUUGUGCCAGUCGACAGUCAGGAAAUCAUGACGUGGAUUCUGAUGCUGCUGGAGCAAGCUGUACUUCACACAAAGAACCCUUGGACUUCCGAGAAGUAGGGGAAAAAAUUUUGAAAAAGUAUGUAUCUGUGUGUGAAGGACCCCUGAGAGAACAAGAAUGGAAUACAACAAAUGCAAAACAAAUUUUAAAUUUCUUUCAGCAUUGUCAUAAGUAGUAAGUUCAUCUGUUCCUUUUCAAACAGACCCCCCCCGCAAAAAAAAGACAAGAUCCAUGAAAUGGAAAAGUUCUAGAAAAGAAGACAUGUUGACACUGAGUUUGAGAAUGUUACACUACAUAAAAAAUACAGCAUAGUUACCCUCUCGUAAAAGCCAGCACUAUCUUCAUUUUAUGUUCUUAAUCCUAUGAUGGAAUGAUUCUUUAAUUUCUAAAACAACACAUGUGUUAUUCUAACUCAGCCUGAACUACGGAUAUCCUGUAACUAAUACUAAGGAGGAACCCCAUUUAGUUUUCCAAAGAUUAUUUUUCUAUUACUUUAGGUUAUUUUUUAAUCUCCCUGUAUUGAAGUUUGUUAAGAUUAAAAUCAAGUUACACCGUUUCUUUGAAUACGUACUAUGGAUAUAAGAAUAGGCAAAAUGAAAAAUGAUUAAUAUGCAGAUUCCACAUUCAAAAUAUGGUAAAUAAUGAAAGACUCCUGAAGGGAAUCAUUGUGUUUAAUUAUUUUACCAUGAAUUACUAAUGGCAAUUAAAAUUUUUACUGUAGUAGACAUUUUAUAAAACUUUUAAAAUGAUUUUCCUAUUUUGUUUAAAAGAAAAUGCAUGGUUUAUGAGGUGAUUAAUGGAGAUUAAAAACCAAGUUAUAUUAGUCCACCAUUAUUAGCUUAUAUGCCCUUAGGGGACACCUGAUCAUACUGUACUGAAAUUUUAAUAUUUUUUUUGCCUCUAACAGUAGGUGUGAGUAGUAAAGGCCAGAGAACCUAACUUGGUAUCUUCCUCACAGUCUUUCUGUCUAUUUCAUACUCUUGGUGUGGAGUUUCUUGAUUUAUUCACCGCUAACUUUAUCACAUUCCAGCAGCUUACUCCCAUGGCCACACCUUGAAUGCUAAUCAGGUUUUUCUUUUUGAAAUCUGAAAUUUCAGUCCUCAUUAACUGAUGGCAGUUCUCAUCUUUCUAGCUUUUCCAGUCCCUUAUUUUUGUUGAUUUUUUUUCUUUUCUUAUUUCUAUUUUACCAUCUCUUUAGGUUUUUUUUUUUAGGUAUUUACAGCCUCCUUUUCUUGACUGCAUCUUUUUUCUCCUAAACAAUCAGCCCCUUUCUGAUUUUUUUUCUUCCCUGUCCAGCUUCAGCCCUAUGGGACACCUUGUGAACCACUCACUUCCCAGUUCUCUUAAAUCUGUCUUACCUAUGUCCUUCAGCCUAGUAGUUCUGCAGCUCUCAACAUUGAAAUAAUCCAACCAACCACCUGUUCUGGGAUGCUGAGUUUCAGUUGAAGUUCAUGCAGCCCUUCAGAGUAGAAUCACUACAAGUGUCUUGCCUCCAGCUUUAGAAUAACCCUCAGUGUAAACCUUUUGUUUAUUACUAGUGUGGCCUUGUUCCUUUUUCCCACUAUGGCUAAUCCAAACCUCAUCAAUUUUCUCAGGCCCUCUCUGUCUCCUCCUCCAGCUCAUGGCCCUUCUAUUGUAGAGAAAAUUGAGAGUGUGAGGUGGUCAGCUUCUCUUUACCAGUUUUACCCUACUCAUUUUUCCUAUUUGUAGAGAAAGAGAAGUAGCCUGCUUCCUAUUGAGGGCUAAUCCCCACCUGUGCAGCAGAUUUCAUGUCUGCCAUCUCUCUCAUUUCCUUGGGGCUACCUGUGAGUCGUAAUCGACUCGAUGGCACUGAGAUUGGUUUUUUUAGUUUUUGGUUUACCCUUAAGUUACUGAUCUUUAUGGGCCUACCGUUUAGUUACUGAUCUCCUUUAGAGGUCUACCUUUUUUCUUUCUUUCCUUCACUUCCCUUGUCCCUUCCUUUGUACCUUUUCUUUUUACUUACUCCAAAUACCUUUCUUAGGCAAUGUCAUUCAUAGAUAAAGCUUUAUCUACCACUUAUGAUAUUAGGCUGACUCCCCAAACCAGUAAUUAGUUGUCCAUUUGCUUCUGACUCAUGGUGACUCCAUGUAUUACAGAGUAGAUUUGUGCUGCAAGGGUUUCGAGUUUGGGACCUUUUGGCAGCAGAUCACCAAGCCCUUCUUCUUAGGUGCCUCUGGGUAGGUUUGGACCACAAGUCUUUUAGUUAGUUGAGCACUUAUCCAUUUGCACCACCCAGGGACUCUACUGACUCCCAAACUAGCUUGACUUCCAGCUUCUCCCCUGAGCUGUUCACUUUAUUUCUAACUGCCUGUUAAGUGAUGUUUGGAGCUCUGGUGGCACAGUGGUUAGGAGUUUGGCUGUUAACCAAAAGGUCAGCAGUUCAGAUCUACCAACUGCUCCUUGGAAACCUUGUGGAGCAGCUCUACUCUGUCCUAUAGGGUUGCUAUGAGUCAGAAUUGACUCGACAGCAAUGGGUUUUAUUAAGUGUGUUUACAUAGGUACAUAGAUAGACAUCACAUAGUAAUAUUAAAUUCAGUAUGUCCAAACAACUCAUCUUCAUCUUUCUGAUAUCAAAAUGGCCACCUCUGCUCUUCUUUGAUUACUGCAGGUAUACAUCGCAUAAUAUCUGUUUGGGCAACAUCCAACUGCUUAUACAUCCGUGAUUUCAUGACAUUAUAAUAAAGUUCAGAAAUCCCAAUUGGAAAAUGGGACAUAGCGGAUGUACUUUGCUAAGUACUACAGAUCCUGUCUGUCUCUCACUAGCACUCAGGGUCCCUUGUCAGCCCCAGCCCUGGGAUAGCAGGUGAAGGGUGUCAUUGUGCCUAUCCUUGGCUACCUGUUCCACCACACUCACCUCAGGCAGGGAUCGCACAGAUGCCACUGGAGCCACCGAGGGCGAUGCCCCUCAAAGCCACCACCUCACUUGGCCAGGGCACUCUGUGCAUCAUUCCUGGACCCAAGAUUGUGGUUUCUCCCUUGGUGGUGGCCACUGAGCAGCCCAGGCUGUGGCAGUGGUGGGAGGAGGAGCGGGAAAGAUGUCCUGGAGAGGAGGUGGAGGCAGAGGAGGGGAGAACAAGGCUAGAAGAGUUUAAAGCCCGUUAGGGGACUGGGUGAAGGAAGGCAGGGAGAAAGAAAGGGAAGGGAGCCCGCAGUGGAGCCAAAGAUUUUUCGUAGUCCCUUGGUCAAGUGGUGGUGGUGCAGGUCCCAGGCUCGACUGGUGACCAUCCUGCACAUCUCUCUCCUGUAUAUAGUUUGGUGUUUUGCACCAGGGCUUCAAAUCUGUUCCUGAUGGUUCAAUAAUUGCAGAUGUAAAUGAGGGCAGUGUACACACUGAAUAGCAAACCAAAUUGCCCAUCGGAUUUUGACCUGAGUAGGAAACAAACAGUGGUGCCCUGCUCAGAGAUGGUGGCUGACAGUGCUGCUUUAAAUGUGUGUGGCUCUCCACAGUCCUGCCAAUAAUCCAGUCUCACACAUCAGGCUCCUGAAACUUUCAGGAUCCAUGCAGGAGACUAGAUUAUUGGCAGGACUGUGGAAAAUAACACACAUCAAAAGUGGCGCUCUUUGCCGCCAUUUUUGAGCAGGACACCGCUGUUUUUUUCCUACUCAGGUCAAAAUCCAGUGGGCAAAAGAUUUGGUUGCUGUGCAACAGGUAUACUCCCCUCAUUUACAUUGGCAUGUAAUGAACUAUUCCAAAUUGGUUCAAAGCCCUGGUUCACACAACAUCCAAAUCACACAUUGUAUUUCACAGAACAUUAAGGAACGCAUAUCUGUAUUUGCAAGGGACACGCUUUUCCAUCCCCUCACUUUAAUCUGUUUGUGUCUUUGGAUCUAAGAUGUAUAUCUUGUAGACAGUGUAUAGAUGAAUCUUGUUUUCUUAUCUAAUCUGCCACACUCUGCCUUUUGAUUAAAAAAACCCAUUGCCAUCGAGUCAAUUCCAACUCAUAGCGACCGUGUAGGAUGGAGUGGAACUGCCCUAUAGAGUUUCCAAGGAGUGCCUGGUGAAUUUGAACUGGCAACCUUUUGGUUAGCAGACGUAGCUCUUAACCGCUACGCCACCAGGGCUUCCUGCCUUUUGAUGGGAGCACUUAAUCCACUGACGUUCAGGGUAAAUAUUGAUAGGGGAGGAUUUAUUUUUGCCAUUUUAUUGUACAUUAUUUUAUGAGUUUUUUUCUCUUUUCUUCCAACACGGAGUCCUUUUUAUCUAUAGCUUUUGUCUCCCUUUUGUUAUUCUUUUUUUUAGUAGGUGUUGAACUAUUUUGUUUUUCUUUAUUUUGGUGUAUAAUUUUGUUAUUUACUUUUCUCUGAGGUUACCAUGAGGAUUAUGUUUAAUAUCUUACAAUUAAAGCUACAAUUUGACUUCUCUAAUAUAUAUAAUGGAAACCCUGGUGGCAUAGUGGUUAAGAGUUCAGCUGCUAACAAAAAGCUUGGAAGUUAGAAUCCACCAGGUGCUCCUUGGACACCCCAUAGGGCAGUUCUGUUCUGUCCUGUAGGGUCGUUAUGAGUUGGAAUUGACUCAAUGGCAGUGGGUGUUUUAAUACAUAUAAAAGUCUCUGUCUACCCCAGGCCCUCAUUGUUUUAUUUGGAUGUUACCAUCAAUUGUUUCUUUGUAUUGUGGCAUCCCUGUAUUCCUAGUUUAAAUUUGUUUUAUUGUUAUACGUAAAUAGUAGUUAUUCUCUCUUGCUUUUUUUAAUCAUCUCCCUAUAAGUUUGUCAUUAUAGAGAGUGAAGGACUUGCUUGUUGUAUUUACCAGCUGUCCCUUGCUGUAUGUAUUACUCCAAGUUGUUGUCUGGUGUGGUGGCUUUUCAUUCUAUAGGACUCCCUUUAAUAUUUCUUGUAGGGCUUGUCUGGUAGUUACAGAUUCCCUUAAAUUUCUGUUGAUCUGGGAAUAUCCUAAUUUUGCCCUCAUUUUUGAAUGACAGUUUUUUGGAUAUAUAGUCAAAAAAAAAUUUUUUUUUUUUCUUUUUUACCACAUAGCAUCCUUUUGGGCAACAUCUGAUUGCACAUAUGCCUGUAAUCCCAUAAAGUUUUUUAAAUUUUUUUAAGGAAACGCAGCUCUCCUUUUGCUUAUUAUUUUCCCCUAAUGGUUUCAAGACCCUAUUAUUUUCUCAUUUAAAAUUUUUUGUUGAUACUGUGUGUUUUUACUAAUGGAAGGAAUGCUGAUUAAAGGACCAAUUCAGGAUUUUUGUUACGGAUUUUGAUACCCAUUAUGUGGGAACGCAGCUGCCCCAGUAAACUCUGGAGGUAGUAAAUAAUGGCGCUAUUAAAAUUGUUCUGUUUUAUUUUAUUUCCUGAUAAUUUGCAAAACAUUAGGUAAAACAUGAAGGCACUUGGCAAUGAUUGCACAUGUAUUUUAUUUCAGUCCCCUUCUUCUUAGCCUUUUUAUUAUUUUUCAUGUAACUUUUUAAAACAUGGUACAAUGCAUUCUUCCUUACUGCAAAAGCCGUACUUAACACACCAAAUAAAUAAAACUAAAAAAUUUGAAUCUCAGGAAAAUUACCACUACUGUGUAUUCUUCUUUAUAACAAAAACAGUACUAACAGCUAAGAAGCAGAAACAGCUGCCCUGGAAUAUUGCAGGACUGUGCACAGCUGUGCAUUCCAACUGCUAUACAUGGAUGCAGUGAUUGAGUCCUAAGAUGGAAUGCAGAAGCUAGAAAAGCCAUCCUGAAAGAAUGUAAAACAAAGACUCAAAGCAGAACAGGGAGCCAGUAACACCUGGAAACAAUGAAUGGUGUCAGGGAGAAAAUGUUCACUAUGACUGAAUGAAGGCUAAGGAUAGCUUAUUCUUAUGAUAAGUAUAUUCUGAGGAGAACAAUAUAACUGGGAAACACAGUGAGGAGGCUUAUCUCAUAGAAGUAAAGGCAAAUCUGUCAAAAGUUUAGAAAAUCUCACACAUCUAGGAGACAUCACCUAAUAUAAUGCUCAAUUUAUAAAAAAAAUGAGGCUCCAACUCAGGAUUCUUGAGUUUCACACAUUUUACCUUGAGGUAAAUGCAUUAAAAUUGGACUGCCUCCUUCCUAAAGAACUCCAGAGGCAUGAAAAGUGGUUGGUAUACCAUGUGUUCCAUGGGUCACAAAAGGGUUUUGUGGCACAGUGGCUAAGCACUCAGCUGCUAAUCGAAAGGUUGGUGGUUUGAACCCAUCAGCCACUCCACGGGAGAAAGAUGUGGCAGUCUACUUCUGUAAAUACUACAGCCUUGGAAACCACGUGGGGGCAGUUGUACUUUGUCCAAUACAGGGUCACUGUAAGUUGGAGUUUGACUUAACAACAAUAGGUUUUGUUUUGUUUUAACUCCAGAGACCCCACUUCUCUAGAGUGAAAGCAGUGUGGCUUCAGGGUGCAUCCCAGUCCCUGCAGCACCUCCUUCUCUUCCUUUCCCUCCUCCUGGCUUCAUUCACCCGGCCAGCAGCCAUGCACCCAUUCACUCCAGGCACACGGCAGUGCCUGCUGCGGCUUCUUUGCUCCUGCCAUGAGCACUGGCAAAGGCACCAUCAGGGCUUGGGGACUUGCAGGCUCCUAGCUUCUGGUCGUAGUGUCAGCUGUACAUGAUCAGGAAGCAGUCAUACCCACAGAGUGGUGAUUUGGACAUUACAUGUACUGCCAGCCAUGUUCCUUGUACCCAUACACCUGCUCGCUGCCCAGUCCGCACGGAUACCUCUCUGUGCCCCUGGUGCACUCUCUGCUGUGUGCCUGGAUGUGCUCAAUGUCCUGUUGUGGCUGCUGGUGUAGCCCCUGCCCAGCCUGCACACCCAGCAAGCCUGGCCGCCUGUAUCUGGUGGAUACAGCUCUGGGACUUCGUCCGGUGGGCAGGUGGCAGUAGAGGGUCCAUGGGGCUCAGACUGCUCCUGCUCUUUAGGUGGGCAGAACAGCAGGUGGGGGUGGGUGCUUGUAACCUUGGGACUCCUAUAUGUAAUAUGGUGUUCACAUAUUGUCCAAAUCAGAAUGUAUCGUGGAUGUUAAGUGAUGCAUGCCUGUAUUAUUCUUGGUUGACAGUUCUUUUCUUUCAGGACUUUGUAUAUAUCAUCCCAUUGCCUUCUUGCGGGCAUAGUUUCUGAUGAGGGAUCAGUGUAAAUUCUUAUUGAGGCCACUUCGUAGGUGAUAUUUUGCUUUUCUCGUGCUUCUCUCAAAAUUCUUUUUCUUUGAUUUUGCUUCUGGAAAGUUUGAUUAUGAUAUGUCAUAGUGUGUUUCUCUUGGGAUCUAUCCUAUAUGGAGUUCAUUGAGAUUCUUGGGUGAAAAUCUUCACCUCUUCCGUGAUGUUUGGGAAGUUUUCUACCAUUAUUUCUACAAAGAUUCUUUCUGAACUCUUUUUUUUUUUUUUUCUCCUUCUGGAAUUUCCAUUAUAUCAUUUCCACUUGCUGAUGUGUUUUUCUUCAUUCUCUUUUCUUUGUUCCUCAAACUGAGUAAUCUCCAAGGAUUUGUCUAUUUCACUGAUUCUUUUUUCCAUUGUUUCAGUUCUACUUCUCUGUCUAUGGAAUUGUUUAUUUCUGCUGCUUUAUUAUUAAGCUUUGGAAUUUUCUAGGUUUUUUUUUUUAAACAAUUCUCAGUGGAAUGUCUCAUUUUGUUUUCGUAUUGUUUCCUGAAUUCUUGUAGAUUUUUUUCCAUGUUUUUCUUAAUCUCUUUGAGGAGACUUAAUAAUAGUUUUUUGAAGCCUUUAUUGGAUAGUUCCAUUAUCUGUCUUUCCUCUGAGACCUUUGAACCAUAUUGUUCUGUCUCUCCAUAUGCUUUGUAAUUGUCUGCUGUCUUUGAGACAUUAAGGUUUUUUGGUUUAUUUUGCUAUGUCAGGAGCUUAGCUUCUUUUUUUCUUCAGGUUCCUUCCCUUCCUUUGUAUGAAUUAUUAACUCAAAACAAUAGUACACAUAUGCUAACAGCCCGGUCUCAUUGGUGGAGGGAGCCCUCUGCGUGAAUUCGUGUAAGCAGCCUAGCUCCCUCUCUUCUCUGUACUCACCAGGGACGCUGGAGAUCAUAUCCACCCUCCUGUUAUUUCCUUUGCCCCUGCACAAAUGUGCACUCCGUGUUUCGUCUGUGUCCUGUACCGAGGUUCUUACAAUCUAGCCCACAUAACUCUGUUCCACCAGCACUUCCCUGUGGUUCACUGAUUUCAAAGCUAUGUUGCAUCCAUGUUUCGCUCUCAGGCAUGCCCAGACCUGGUGUGUCACUUGCUCGCCUCAUUGGGGCUGUGUACACAGUAUCUCUGUCUCAGGCUCUGUUUUCCAUGAUGAUCUUUUCCUAGGCUCCUCACUCAGGUGUUGUUUGUAGCUGCCCCCAAAUGGCUGUGUUGCAUGGAGCCAGCAGCUAGGGUAUGGACAGUCUGCAAAUCUCUGCUUUCCUGCUGUCCUUGCUCUAUCUCUCUUUCUAGUUAGUGUUUAGUCUGUUUCUUCAACCCUUUAUUUGAUGAUCAGAAGGCUGAGGUCUCUAAUUGUGUCUGUUCUUGGUUGUUUACAUAAGAUGUUCAUUGAGCCAUCUUUUUCUGUCUCUUCAUAUGGUUUGUAAUUUAUUGCUGUCUUCAAGACAUUAAGGUUUUAUUUAUAUGUUUUUUUAUUGCAUUUUUUCAUUUGUUUUAAUAUUUUGGGAGUUUAGCUUCUUACCUUUCUCUUUAGAUUACUUUCCUUUCUAUGUAUUAAUUAUUGUUGUUUUGUGUUAUUGGACUAUGUAUAGCUUUGGUGCUGCAGUUGGCUGUGUGAGGUUUCCUCCCAUUGUUAGGUAUGGUGGGUCACACAUGGGGUCCUGUGCAAUUAGGCAUGGAGGAUUACAUGGACAUGAGAGAGCAGGGCCCUUCCCGCGUCAUGAGGUGCAAGGUGUUGGGUGGUCAGCAUCCCUUUGCAGUACUUAAGGAGCAUUGCAAUCCCUCCACAUUGGCAUGAACAGGUAGUAUGGCCCCUGGAGAGAGGGAUGGGUCAUCUGCCAAGUCACAGGGAAGCAGCACUUCCCAAGUAGGUGAGGCAGGUUCUCCAAGCAGGCAUGGACCAGCAUCUGGUACCUGUGUGGGCAUGAACGGGUAGGAUGAGAGAGGGUUGUCAUGAGACCUGCGUACAUGUGCAGAUGGCCUGCAGCCAGGAAGGGGGUGGGGUGGAGCAGGGCCUCUGCUCUUCCAGGCACCCACGGAUGUUGGGGGAACCCGGGCCUGCACAUGGAUAUGGACUGCAUGUGCAAAUGGGUGGGGGGUGGCCGUGGGCCUGUGCGUGUGCAUAUGGGAGGUGGGGGUAGCACAGGGUGGGUUCUUGGGGGAGGGUAUCCUGACUAUUACUUUGCAGAUUGACUAUUCAAUGAGAGUUCCUGUUCAAAUGGACAGGCACCUCUGACAACCAGUCCAGGUACCAAUUCCUAGUUCCCUUUCUUCUCUACACUCGCAAGGACUCUGGAGCUCAUGCCCAUUCUCCUGUAAUUUCCAUUUGCCCCUCCUUGAAUGUGCACUCUGUCUUUUCUGUCCCUUGUCCUGAGGCUCCAACGAUUCAGUCAACCUCACUUUGUUCCAGUAACAUUUCCCUGUGGUUUCCUAGGUUCAAAGCUACAGAUCUUUAGCUUGUUUGUCACCCUCUUGGAAGUACCCAGUCCUGUCAUGUGUCCUGCUCACCUCGUUGUUUCUUUCCAGGUUUGUUUACAUAGUAUCUCUGUCUCUGUUUUCUGUGAAGUUGCCUUUGUGGACUCCGUAACUGAGGAUGCUGCUUUCUGUUGCCCCAAAAUGUCCAUGCUGUCCCAGAUCAGCAGGCAGGGUGCAAACAAUCCUCAAAUCUCAGCGUUCCCGCUGGUCUAGUUCUAUGUCUCCUUCCCACCAGUGCUCAGUCUAUUUCUUCAGCCUUCUGUUUGAUAUUCUGGAAUCUGAGGUUGUUCUUCGUGUCUGUGUUAGUUUCUUGAGUCAUUGUUGUACGGGGACGUUAUGGUGUGUCUGUCUAAGCUGCCACCUUAACUGGAAGCUCUUUUUUUAAUGCAGUUAUUUAUUGUUAUCAGUUUCCCUCUGAGCGCUUCUGUCACUGUUUCACCUCCUGUUUCCCUAAGUGGAUGUGCUGGCCUAGUUGUUACAGCAGUGAACUCUGUCUCUUGUAGUACUGGUUAUGGUCACCUUCCCUCCAAAUAUUGGAGAUGUUAACUGUAUCUCUCUGGUAUCAGACUCCUCUCCCUUGAGGGAUACCAGCUGUGCCCCUUUAGUACCUGCCCCUUGUUGGAUAUACUGGCUGUCUCUGAUUGUUUAGUACAGACCUCCCUCCCUGUGUGCACCAACCAUACAACUCUGAUACUAGCUCACUUACCCCAGAGCUGUAGCUGACACAGACAUGCCCUUAGACUCCUCUCCCUGGACUGUUUACUAUACUACACCACCCUCAGAGUCUUACCUUGGAAACAGCAACUUUUUGCUGAUUCACCAUGUGUUCUCACUGUUCAUGAUUACCAGUCCAUGCUGUGCUCAUUUUGUUGCUUCUUCCCUGGACUCACAGGAACUCCUGCCUGAGCAGUAUUCACCUAGCUGCACUGUCUCAAGUCUGAUUAUACAGGUGACUUGGUCUGCACUGCGUCAGCGUUUCCUCUCUGUGUCAGGGCUGAUGAUUCAUGUACUGUGGCCUGCAUGGCACCCUGGGUCAGCCAUCAGGUGGCUGCUGGGUGUUUCCCAGACUUUGCUGCUCUGGAAAGAGUAAGGGUGGAGGCUCUCCACACGUUACGCUCAGGAGAUCUGUUUCUGGCUUUGGAGCCACUGGCAGCUAAGUAGUUCCAAUGCUGCUGCUGAUGGGUGGUUUAGCUUAUGGUCAGGUCCUGUAGCUGAUGAGUGGGUCCCACAGCGGAUGUUUGGUUCCUAUGGCCUCGGAUCCAAAAGCAGAGGGGCUGAGUGUACUUGUUGACAGCAUGGGUUGUCUGGAUAGGAAAGGGGCGUGAGCUUCCCACACUGUUCACCCCAGAGACCUGUUCUGGCUUCAGAGUCUGAAGUUAAGAGGACCCUUCUCGUACACCUAAGAAAUGUGCUGUCAUUGACAGCCUGCUGUUUCUCUGUGCCCCUUUCUUAGGACAGCUGGGUUUGUACUUUCAGCCCACUCUGUAUUCAGCGUGUCUAUCUGUACAUUUCCUAAGGAUGCCCACUCAGUUUUUCUGGCCCUUAGUGUGAGCGUUCAUAAAUUCUGAUUCAUUUUCUUCUCCUGGUGGUGCACUUUCCCAGGACACAGGGGCUCAAGUCUACACUGCUGUACCUUCCCUUUGUCCUUUCCUAGGGCUACUUGCUUCAGCUUUCCUGCCUCCAGCCUGGGUACUCAUACAGUCCAGUCUGCACUGUUUGACCCAGUAGCACUUUCCUGGAGUUCCCAGGAUUUAAACCCAUGGUGUGCCUGUGUGCACCGUCCCAGUACGAGCCAUGACCACUGUGCCGCUUCAUCCCAGGGCCAUUUACUCAGUAUCUCUGUCCCAGCCUGUGUCUUCUGUGCUGUCCCUCUGCUGGUUCUUUGUUCGAUGGUGCCUUCUGCAGCUGCCCAAGGUGGCCACUCUGAGCUGGGCUGGUGAGUAGGAUGAGGACGGUCCACGAAUUACUGCUUCCCUAUUGUCGGUGUUCUUUCUUUUUCUUGAUUCAGUGUUCACUUUGGCUCUCCAACUCUUCAGCUGUUGUCUAGAGUUCCAAGAUUAUCAGUUCCAUUGAUUUUUACUUGUUUUCUCCUGGUUUUAUUGUAGAGGAUGUGAGGGUGCGACUGGUUAUGCUGCCAUCUUGCUUCUAUACCUGGUAUUCCUUUUUGAUAAACAUAAAAAUCCUGAUAGAGCUUUUUGGAACAAGGGGGAUCUCUCCCCAUCCCUGUCUCUGCCUCACUUGCUUAUCGUUACACAGCUAAGAUUUUUAUUUAACUUAGCUUUUAGCAGAUUUAGGGGCCCUGGUGGCACAAACAGUUAAGUGCUUAACUGCUAACUGUAAGGUCGGCGGUUCAGUCCCACCCAGCAGCUUCAAGGGAGAAAGACCUGGUGAUAUACUGCUAUAAAUUUUUCAACCAAGAACACACUAUGGGGCAGUUCUACUCUGUCCUGUCGGGUUGCCUUGAGUCAGAAUGGACUUGAUGGCACCUAACAACAACUGUGAAAAUAGCUUUGUGCUUUCUAAAUAUAAAGACUUAAAUCGUUUUUAAUAUGAUUUUAAAACCACAGACUUUUUCUAUCUGGAUGGGGAGAUGAGAGGGCAGAGGGGGUUAGAAGCUGACAGAAUGGACAUGAAAAGAGACAGUGGAGGGAAGGAGUGUGCUGUCUCAUGAGGGGGGGGAGAGCAAUUAGGAGUAUAUAGCAAGGCAUAUAUAAAUUUUUGUAUGAGAGACUGACUUGAUUUGUAAACUUUCACUUAAAAGCACAAUAAGAAUUAAAAAAAAAAAGCCCACAGGCAUGCAUCACCUUUCCUCCCUAUACCUUCUGGAGCAUCACAAUUAAUCUCAAGUACUUUCAGUUCCUUCCCCAAAUGUACGUCCUGUUCUCUUCCCUCAGUGCCCUUGCAGACUUCAUUACUACUGUAUUUCGGCUUGGAAUACUUUUCCCUUCCUGUGGCCAAGUUCAUACCUACUUGUCCUUUAGGCCCCAGCUCCAGUGAUACUGUGUCAAUAAGGCAUUUUCCAGUACCUUCCAGUCAAAAUUAGAUGCUCUUAGCUUUUGCUCCCGUAAUCCUCCUCUCCCAUAUUAUCCCACUGAUCACAUUGCCUUGUCAUUAUUUUCUGUGCUAGUUUGUGAACUCCAUAUUCUUAAAGCUCAUCUUUAUUAUAACCACAGAGCUUAACAUAGGGCUUAAUGUAUGAUAGGCAUUUCAUAUUCUUUUGAAUUAAGAAGAUGCGUGAUUCUAAGUGCCGAAUUCUGUACAAAAGGAUUGCCAUUGGAUUCCAAACCGCCAUGGUUGAGAAGACAAAUAGGGAAUAUAAGCAGCCCUCAGAGAUGUAAAGUGUUACGUAGAUUCCCAGCCUGAGAAAACAGUAGAACUUUCUCUUUAAAAGCUGGGAACUUUGAUUUUGCCUUCAUGACCCUUGUGAACCAUUUGGGUUGGUUGGUACAAUUAUGAGGGUAUCACUGGGUGGUGCUUUUUAUACAACUUUUCCAUCCCAUACAGAAUUGGAGAGUAGUUUGUAGACCAUUACACAUACAAUGCUUUUUACUCUGGUGUAUUAUGAAACAGUGAACUAACAACACAUUUUUGUAUGUGUUACAGCCUCCUAAGUGGAUUUUGUUUCAUUUAAAAUGAUACAACUUCAAGAUACCAAAUAUUCCACAUAAGGAAACUACAAUUCAUUUUUACAACAACUUUCUGUUUUGUGCCUACUACGUGUCACAUUCUUUCCUAGGCACUGAGGAUGUAGUCUGGUAAAACACCCUCCUCUUUUGGAGCUUGUAUUCUAGGGCAGGAAUUUAGACAAUAAGCAUUUUAAGGAAUGAACGUAUAGCGUAUCAAGUCGUGAGUGCCAUGAAGAAAAUGAAAGCCUUCGCACUAUGAAGGGGCUGGUGUGAUGCUGGGGAGAGGGGUGGUUUUAUUUAGGGAGGUUGGGAAGGCACCUCUAAGUACCUUUCCGCUGCUUUACCAUUUGUGUCCUCAAAUUCCAUCCCCUUGGUUAAACGCCUUGCAUAUUCAGUGCAUUCAUAAAUUUUCUCUUUCUUAAGGAAUUUCUGAUACUGAAUAAAGGAAUGACUCACUGCUUAAGACCUUACUUUGAUUACAUUUAAAGGGGUUCUCUCUAGUGUGGGCUUUACAGAGGGGUGAGUGAUACCUAAAGACCUUGUCACAUUUAUUACAGUUGGGGUUUUUCUUUGGUUUGAAUUCUCUGAUGGUUACCAAAAUUAGAAACUCUGGUAAAGGACUUUUCGUAGUCCUUAAAUCUGUAUGGUUCUUUCCCAGUAUGAAUUUUCUGAUGGUUGAAUAGGCUUUAAGACUCAAUUAAAGGCCUGUCUGCUUUACUCCAUUUAUAGGGUUUCUGGCUACUGUGAAUUGUUUGAUGCUUAUUAAGAUAAAAACCUAAAAACCGUGACUAAAAGCUUGUCCUUACUCCUUUGCAUACAGUAGAGUGAGGUGAGAAUCAUACCUAUACACCCACAAUAAAAUUACAUUCCUAGCUUUGCAGGCUUACUGUAAAUUCUCUGAUGUUCAUUAAGGUGUAAACUGUGUCUAAAGGUAUUCCCAGAUUCAUUUUAAUGGCAUGAAAAAACCUGCAGCUUGACACAGCAGUUUUAGAUUGCUUGUCACUUCUCUCUACCUUCUCAUGUUCCUUUCCUGACUCCCAUAAGGCUACCCCAUCUGCCAUAGAUGCCAGGAUUCUGUAGUUCUCCGGUAUCACUUCCUUGUAUUAUUAACACAGGUUGAGAUGAUAUGUUAUGAAAGUAUUGCAUUAAAAUACAUUUAAUGUAUGCACAGUUAAAGUAUACACUAUGUAUUCACACUGGUACUGAUAUUUCUGCUUAUUAAAUUAUCCAAGUAAAAUGUUUUGAAGCAUACUUUUUUUUUUUUUUUUAAAUAAAACCACACUCCCAUA